AGGCAGGCGGACCAGGCAGGCGGCGCAGUCGCAGAGCGCCCCCUGUGGCCGGAGUUACCGCUCGUGAGAGCUCGGCUGAGUGUUCACAGGGGACAGCACUGAGCGCACUGGCAGUCACACCUCGCUGCUCGCGGGGCUGUCGUCACCCAAGCGUGGCCAGCGGCCUGAAGCACGGCCGUCACCCAGCACUCACACACCCACGGCUCACGGCGGAUGCUGUGUGUCGGUCGAUGAGGUCAAGCAGACAAGGGUUAGUGUGUGACAGCUGUGGGUGAGUUGUGGAGAUAAAGGAGGCGAUGAUGAGAGCGACAAGCCCAGGACGCCAGUGCCGACUGUUAUCGCUGAUGUUGAUUGAAGACAGUGGAGCCGCGCAUCAAUGUUGCAUGAGGCUGAGCUCGCGCUGCAACCAACGGCCACGCGGCGGCUGCACUCCGCACACGGGCAACCAGGGUGAGGACAGAAGUGAAGCAGCCCAACAGCCUAGCAGACCUUCUGUCAUCGCCUGUCAUCAGAUACCCGACAUUUGGUGUGUGUGGGGGGGACUAGGUGGGGGAGUGGGUGCUCACAGUUUUGGAGAUUAACUGUCACUGCAGUCUGGUCCCUGGUCAAGUGCGAGCCUCCCAUCAAGACUGUUGUCAUGGAGACAGUGAGUGAUGUAGACCACGUGAUACAAAUCAACACAGACCACGUGAUACGAGUCAAGUAAUACACACCACGUGAUACAAGUCAUCUAGUACAGACCACGUGAUACAAAUCAACACACACCACGUGAUACGAGCAAGGUGAGGUGGACCAGGUGAUACGAGUCAAGUAAGACACCAACAAGGUAGGCAGGCCAGGUGAUACAGUGUUCAUGUCAAGAUGCAGGCACGUCACACAAACACGUGCCUGGUGGUAAACGCACGCACAGCGUUGCCUAGCGACGGAGUGCCGAGUGCUGACAUGGCGCAGGGUGACAGUGACAUGUCCGAAGGAGAGCACGACAAAGACCUGGCACAGUAUGAUAGUGACGUAUCCGAUGCAGAACUGCCACGGUCUGACAGUGACAUGUCACGUGACCCUGAGAGUGUGACUGACGAGGAUGACGUCUUCAGAUCUGACAGUGACGUCGUCAUCGCCGAACGUCACCAUGCAAGAACUUGCGUCACUGCUUCCAAGAUGGCUUCAAAGAAUGUUUCCGAUGUUCCGGGUGGGUGCUCCCCGUGCCAGAAGAACACUUGCCCUCGCCAGCCUCCUACACCCCAGACCUACCCGGGGUGCGUCAAGGCGGUCAGUAAGACGUCCGCCACCUUAGGCGUUCAAACGGAUUUCGAGGAGGUCGUAGGUCAUCCUGUAGACGACUUGGCGCUGGAUCGCCUCAACGUGAACUCUCUCAACGGGACAGGCGCAGUGACAAACUUCCUGUCACCAGGUCACGAUCUUGACCCCGAAGUAAUGACAAGGCUUCUGUCUGACGCCAUGAUGGAUCCUGUGGUGCGUGACAACCACUUCUACAACCAGUGGGCUCGUCUUCCUCGAGAAGACCCAGAGCAGGAAUGGCCGCCAGGAACUCGCAGAAGUGCCGCUACGCGCAUGUUCACUGGCAACGGAAGUCUGAAGACGUGGAACCUCCUCAACGCCAUCGCGCGCGACAGGGGGAGUGGUGGGGAUCAUCAAGGGGGAUCACCUGCCUCUGCUUACCGACACGGCUACCCGCUGCUCAUCAAGCCGCCCAUGUCCAGCACCGACUCGGGUGGACAGCUCAGUCCCAGGAACGGACGGCGGACGGCGCUGGAGACGAGUCCGCAACAUUCUCGAGACUUCACGAGGUCUGCCGAGCCUGCACUGCGCCGCCAACACUCUCUGCCGCCUCUAGCUUCCGCCGACGACGUCCCAGCCUCCGCGGCUUGCGGGGUGGACAUUGUGGACGACCCGCAAGUGAAAGCAUUUAAUGUCGUCACAGUUCAUGACCCGGAAGCACAAGAAGUGUGCCUCGAUAAGAGUUUCCCAAAGGACAGCGUGGAGUGUUUCUUCCGGGGAAUCCCUGUGACCUCUUUGCACUCCCGCGGCAGUCGACGCGGUGACAGACAGCGAUCGGGUGGAACCAUCCACCCCACUAGUGACCGACAGUGGUCGGGUAGAUCUGGUCAUCCCAGCUGUGACAGGCAGCGGUCGGGUCACCUCAGCAGUGACGACAUCAGGUGCACGAGCGAGAUGGUGAGCACGCCGCAGCCGGAGUCGCUUCCCCUGACCACGGUCUCCCUGCUCUUCAACGAGGAGAUGGACCUGAGGGGUCAGCAGUACCGCUACGUUCACAGACGACCCCGGAGAGAGGUGACACAGAGACGACCCCACGGCGCCAGAGACGUGACCCCGGACAGGUGUCACCGCAACCACGCCCGCGCCCGGGUGAAAGUGACCCCGUCUUCCGGCAAACAGGCGGAAGUGACAUGCGUUCAGUUCAUCGACCUGAAGGAGGCAAAGACGGAGGUAACCGCGGACAAAGGGGACGUCACUGGCGGCUCUCGCAGCAGACUUAGCGUUCCUGGCAAAGUCAACAACAAUUUUGUCAGCAAGUAUGGCGGCGGCUUCUGCCAUUUCGGCCGACGCAUGCGCGGGAAACUCUUGUCAAAGCCGUACCUUGCUGGGUUACCGUUGAGAAUCGAACCAUCAAAGGUCAACACAGACUAACAUCACUGUCGACAACGUGACAACAUUCUUCACCUGUCUACAGGUAUGAGCUUCACCUGUCUACACUCUACAGGUAUGAGCUUCACCUGUCUACAGACAAUACACCUGUCUACAGGUAUGAGCUUCACCUGUCUACAGACAAUACACCUGUCUACAGGUAUAAGCUUCACCUGUCAACAGACAAUACACCUGUCUACACUCUACAGGUAUGAGCUUCACCUGUCAGCAGGUUUGACCUUGACCUGUGAUAGAUAUGACGAGGUUACCCACGUUGUUGACGGCUGUUUACAUCGUGUUACAAGUGUUAUGUAUCACCACAUCUGUCAAUAAGUUCAGUGACGGCGGGAGGGGCACUCCCCGGCGAAUGAUGAAGAUGGCGGUAAGCCCAGCUCCCGGAUGAUGAGUGAUGAGUGAUGAGUGUUGUGGUCAGCAGAUAAAGAUGAGGCUGCCUGCUGACUACAGUUCCCACAAGGCCGCGGACCCUGUGCACAGACCUGCAUGGCCACGUCACGUAGUGCAGGCGGCAGUGAGGUGUGACGCGACCUCCCUUGAGUGCACCGCUGCAUUCUGGGAUCGCGUGCACAGAGUUGCUUCCCUGUUCUCCGCCUCACACACGCCAGGGGCGAGCACUCUCACUGGGAUAUUACAUUACACAUAAAUACAUCAUCAUCAUCAUCAUCAUCAUCAUCAUCAUCAUCAUCAUCAUCAUCAUCAUCAUCAUGUUCUUGGUGGUCUCCCUUUUCCUCUGACAUUGUUAAUGGCGCGGACAUCGUGUUGACAGGAAAUGUCAGUGUUUCAAAUGUCUCGGCUGAGUUGGUUACGUACUGUAUGUAUAUUGUAUGUAUAUAUUGUAUGUAUAUUGUAUAUAUUGUAUGUAUAUUGUAUAUAUAUUGUGUAUAUAUAUAUCCAGUAGAUAUCCAAGUCUUGAUAUAUUUAUAAACUGUGUGUAGGUGGCUCAUUCAGCUUUGUGUUUUGAGGCUGUCUUCUUCCUGUCAGAAGCCGAUAUAAAUCUUUGUUGUUGUUGUUGCUGUUGUUGUUGUUGUUGUUGCUGCUGUUGUUGUCUGGCUACUGUGACUAGGAGCUGCAGUAAUAACUAAAACAUUAAGGUGAGUUUACAUGGCUGUACCUCGCCAUCAAAGUCGAGCUCAAAGCACUUUACAAGUGAACAAUAUCAACACAUGACACAAUAAAAAU